AUCUCUUACUCUUUUGUCCGUAAACUUUGCGAGCGCACAUCCAUACAACACAUCCAUACAACACAUAUCCAUACAAACCACAUAUACAGCACAAAUGGCACCUUUACUAGAGCAGCUCAAGAACUUUAUCCGUCACGGUAAAAGUGGCAAGGAUAUGAAGCCUCGGGAUUCAGGCGCAUCUGUCCACUCUUCUUCACAUCAACCCUCAACGAAACCCAGAUCUCGUGCUGGCUCCAGGAAUUCAUCACCUUCUAGGAAUAUUGCCACAUCUGCAGAGCACCGUAGUACUGCAACCAGCAACCAUCAGCAGGAUCAUGAUGCUAUCACUGCCGCUGGAACCAAUGCCGGUAACUUUAAUAAUACCAACACAGAAGCUGCUUCAAGAAUUGUAGCCGAAGAAAAACAACAAAAGAGCAAGAUGCCAGUGUAUCCCGGGCUGGAGCGAUACAAGUUGAUUGAAAAGAUGGGCGAUGGUGCAUUCAGUAAUGUGUACAAGGCACACGACACAAGGAUGGAUCGCAUGGUUGCUGUCAAGGUCGUCCGCAAGUUUGAACUCAAUGCUCACCAGGUGCGUUAUGGCUAUUAUUUUUAAUGCAGGGGAACAAAUUGAAUGGAAAAGAAAUAACUGCCUCAACAACUACCAGUUAGGAUUGCAAAAGAGGAUUAUAGGAUAUGGUGAUUAGGCCUCCAUCGAUCAUAUUGAUUAUAGUUGUCUCUUAUUCUUCAGGAAGUCUCCCUGGGAUAUCGUGUCUACUUUGCUUUUU